AUGUCGGACGGGUUUUUUGAUGUAGAGGACCAACAGCCUAUUUCGCGAACAACUUCCGCUGGCGUCCAUCCUUACUCAAGCGCCGCCGCUUCAUCCGCCGCAGUCCAAGGCACUCAUGGCGCCCGGGCCGCUACCAACGAAGGCGAAAUCCGCCCAGAGGACGUACCUCAGCAGCAGCCACCACCGAAACCUCCCCUGUACAAGCGCCGGUGGUUCAUCAUCACCUCCAUUGUCGCCGCACUCCUCGGAAUCGCCAUCCUGUUCAUCCUGCUAUACCCGGUCAUACAUGCCAUCGCGCAGCACAUUGUCACUGUCUCCGUGCUCAACAUCGAUCGGGCGCAGAUCACCAGUCCAACCAACGGCUCGUUCGCCCUUACCCUCGACUCCUGGGUCUCGCACGCUGGCAUCAUCCCCGCGACGAUCACCUUCAACCAGCCUUUGUCCGUCGGAUGGUACAACGCUUCUGGGGCUAUCGUGCCCCUCGGUUCGUUCACCCUCGACCCGCUCAAGGUCAAGUCGAAGCGCGCGUACAUCAACCAGACCGUGCCCUUCACGAUCACGGACGAGGCCAACUUCGCGCUCUUCACGUCGAGCAUGAUCACGCAGCCAAACUUCAAAUGGCACCUCACGUCGGAGAAGCUGGACGUCCGCGCGCUCGCGUUCCCGACGGCGCACGACCUGCACUUCAACAAGGACCUCGUCCUCCAGGGCAUGAACAACUUCAACGGCAACGUCUCGCUCGUCGACUUCAAGCUCCCCGCAGAUGACCCCGCCGGGGGCAUCAAGUUCGAGGCGACGACGGGGCUCAACAACCCGUCCGCGUUCGACGUCAACCUCGGCACCGUCGUCUUCGACCUCUCCUACAAGGGCCUCUUCCUCGGGCGCGGCACCGGCCCGAACACGGUCAUCUCCCCCGGGGCGAACAACAUCACGCUCUCCGGCAGCCUCGUCCCGCACAUCACUGUGGCCGACCUCGCGACGGUCUCCGAGCUCUUCACGCUCUACCUCAACGGCGAGCAGGCGGACGUCGUCGCGACCGGCGUGUCCUCGCGCCAGGACGACGGGAGCGCGGUGGGUUGGCUCAGCGCGGGGCUCACGGCAUUGCAGCUGCACGUCCCGUUCAAGGCGCCGGGGGCGAUCUCGCCGAUCAAGGCGAUCGAGAUCGGGGACUUGGCCCUGGACUUCACGCCCGAGAGCGAGUGGGCGCCGGUGGCGAACUCGCGGACGGUGCAGGCGCGGAUGGAGCUGCCGUUCGGGUUUGGGGUUGACAUUCAGAGCAUCCAGAACAGCUUCAACAUCACGACGGAGCAGGGUGUGGUUGGGGGUUUGAGCACGCCCGCGAGCGCGUCGACGAGCGAGAUCAAGGUCGUGAACUCGACCCUGACGCAGGGGACGAUCAACAUCACCAUCGAGAACACCCCGCUAGAGGUGUUGGACCCAAAUCACCCGGUGUUUUCGUCGUUUAACCUGAACCUGACGGACAGCAAGGUGAUGCCGUUCAUGCUCAACGGACAGGCGCGCGCGGUCGCGAACACGAGUAUCGGUGCCAUCACGCUUGACCCGAUCAAGUUCAACGUGCCCUCGAACUUGCAGGGUCUGCAGGGGCUACAGUCGCUCGUCCAGAUCAAGAGCGUUGACGUUCUCGGCGGGUCGUUGGAGGCCAUCCACUUGGGCAUUGACGUGGACAUCUUCAACCCGUCGAACCUGCAGCUUGCCACAGGAGACAUGAGCCUGCAACUGCUGCGCGACGGCGCGGUGAUUGGCACGACGCUGCUCCCGAACCUGACGCUCAACAUGGGCAACAACUCGUUGAGCGCGCAGGGCAACUUCACUCCGAACGACUCGCCGCAAGGGCUCGAGACGUUGGGUCAGUUCGUCGGGGGCGUCAACGUCCAGGUCGCCAUCGCCGGAUACUUGCAGAGCACGAAGGUCGAAUCGCUCCUCGCCGCGUUCGAGAGCCUGAACAUCGACGCCACGCUUCCCGCGCUCUCGUCGAAGCUGCUGAACUCUGCGUCAUUGCAAGUGCUGUCCACGACCGCGGAGAACAACAUCUCGCACACGACCGUCUCGCUCGCGAACCCGUUCACCGCCGCGCUCGAGAUCACGCAUAUCUCGUCCAACAUCACCUUCCAGGGCAUCUCCCUCGGGACCAUCGACGACGCCGUCAGCUUCUCGUCCGCGGGCAAGUCGACGACGACCUCGCCCGCGCUCAACCUCAACCUCAACAUGGACCCGCAGAGCCUCUUCACGGUCACAAAGCUGCUUGCGGAGCAGGCGGGCGAGGACACGGCGCCUCUCGACCAGAUCGUCGCGCUCGGCGGGUACCACUACCUGAACGGCGUCGGUGGGUCGAAGCGGGCGGUCGACAGCAAGAGGGACAACAUCUUCACGAACUUCGACCUCCCCUCCUUCGUCGACAAGGCGUUUACGAAGCUCGCCGCGGAGGUCGCGCUCACCGCGGGCGUCACGAUCGGGGACUACCCGACCACGCUUUCGUAUACGCAGCCGAACGUGACGAUCAAGACGGACGAGAGCCUAAACCUCAUCCUACCGGUGCUCGCGCAGCCGAUCGUGCAGAACAUCGUCUCCGGCUCCGUGCUCGGGAUCGAGACGGUGGUGAUCAAGGACGUGCAGGAGAACUCGUUCGGGACGACCCUGAAGGGGUCGAUCACCAAUGCUGGGCCAUUCGAUGCGAAGAUCGCGUUCCCCGAGGGGCUCACCAUCGUUUGGAACGACAAGCCGCUGGGGAGCAUCAAGAUGCCGGACGUGGACGUGGUGGGCGGCGUCGGCGCGAGCUUUGAGGUCGACACGACGUUCGCGGUCGCGGACGUCGCGCACCUCGCGGACUUCACGAAGACGAUGCUGACGGCGGAGGAGUUCGACUGGGUGAUCUCGGGGAGCAACCUGUCGGUGGCCGCGAUCGGCAUCUCGGUGCCGGGAAUCGUGCUGGGCGAGAAGAAGGUGACGCUCAAGGGCAUGAACGGCCUGAAGGGCGGGGUCAAGAUCGAGACGUUCGACCUGCCCAGCAACGACCCCGCGGGCGGCGUUCACUUGACGCUUCAGACUAACAUCACGAACCCCUCUCAAGUUGGCGUGGAGCUCAGCUCGAUCGCGUUCCAGAGCUUUUUCGAGAACGUCAACAUUGGCCCUGUGGCCUCUACGAACUCGUUCACGCUCUCGCCGAUGUCCACGGUUGCGCUGCCCUUGGCAGGGCGUCUUGUUCCCCAGAAGGAUGACGCCGGCCUCGCCGCGGUCUCUGCGAUGUUCAACGCGUUCAUCCACGGCAACGACAGCAACAUUGUCGUCCAAGGAGACAGCGCGGGUCCCACUGAUGUUUCCUGGCUCAACGACGGCAUCAAGGCGCUCCAGGUUCAGACUGUCCUCCCCAACCGUGGCGUGCUCAACAUCAUCAACUCCGUCUCGCUCAACUCGCUCGACCUCCGCUUCACGCAGGACUCCGCGUUCUCCCCCGCCUUCGGCUCCAACGACACCACCGCGGCCUUCGCCCUCCCCUUCGCGUUCCCCAUCGAUAUCACCGCCGUCGGCCAGACGAUCUCCAUCGGGACGGACGGCGCGGACUUCGCGACGGUCGCGAUCCCCAAGGGCCCGAGCACGACGGACGUGGACACGCGCGUGAUCCACCUCGCGUUCACCGGCGUGCCCUUCGACGUCGCGGACGGGCAGCACGCCGCGUUCGAGCAGUUCCUCUCGGACACCGCGACGGGCAAGAGCGUCACGAUGCGGCUGAGCGGCGCGGCGAACACGGACGCGAGCACGGCCAUCGGCGUGCUCUCGCUGACGGACAUCGAGUUCGUGGUCGAGUCGACGGUCGCGGGCCUGCAGGGCCUGAACGCGAAGCCGUCGGUCGUGACGAGCCUGGACGUGAGCCAAGGGUUCGCGGACUUCUUGCUCAUCAAGGUCACGUCGGACCUGUUCAACCCGAGCAACAUCACGCUUGGCGCUGGCGACAUUGCAUUCGAACUCGAGUUCCAGAACGACGUCAUCGGUCAGGCCGACCUGAGCAACUUGGUCAUUAUGCCCGGAAACACUUCAUACCCGAUCGACGUCCACUUCCAGCCCCAAGGCGGCGCGGUCGCUUCUGGGCAGAAGCUGCUCGAGAACUUCCUCCAAGGCGUCGACUCCGAUACCACCAUCCAAGGCUCGACCUCCUCCACGCCCAUCGAGUCCCUCCAGCUCGCCAUGUCCAAAAUCAGCCUCACCCCCGUCAUCAUCCCGGCGCUCCACCAGAACCUGAUCACCACCGCCUCCCUCAUCUUCCCCACCGACAUCGUCCAGACCGGAAUUGCUCAGACGACGUUCACGCUCGCGAACCCCUUCACGGCCGCCCUCAACCUGCUCGACGUCACCGCGACGGCGACGCUCGGGAACCUCACGCUCGGCAAGAUCGACCACGUCGACCGCUCGAGCGACCCGAUCCACGCGGACGGGCACGCGAACAUCACCUCGCCCACGCUCCCGUUCGCGUUCAACCUCGAGCCGGCGGCGAUCAUCUCGCUGCUCGCGACCGGGGCGCAGAAGAACGGGGUCGACCUCGGGCCGCUGUCCGCGGCGUUCCAGCUCGCGCUGCAGAACCCGGACGUGGGCAAGCAGGUGAACACGAGCGUGGACACGGGCAGCCCGCCGUGCGUGAGCGGGAAGCAGUUCGACGUGAACGACGCGAUCUUGAACGCGCUGAAGAACUUGGAGGUCACGCUGGCGAUCGACUCGUCCGUCAAGAUCGAUGACUUCCCGAUCGAUCUGUCGUUCACGCAGAACAACGUCAACGCCAUUACCGACAAAACCGCGCUUUACCUCAUCGGAGCCGUCGCGCCUCCCAUCGUUCAGACCUUCGUCAACCAGGCCGAGCUCAAGUUCACCGAGGCUAACAUCACGAACAUCUCCGACGACGGCUUCGACCUCUCCCUUGUCGGUUCGCUCACUGGCACUGGUCCCUUUGAUGCGCAAAUCGAGUUCGUCGACCCCGUCAAGGUCACCUGGCAAGGCAACGAUAUCGCGACGAUCGCGCUCCCGCCCGUCUGCGCGUCUGCGAACGACGGCGUGCCGGACUACCGCACCAGCGGGCGCCUGAGCAUCACCGACCAGGACCAAUUCACGAACUUUGCGACCUUCCUACUCCACAACCCCGACUUCGAGUGGACGAUCUCGACGGGCGCGCUCCGUCUGACGGCGCUCGGGACGGUGUUCGACAACGUGCAGUUGAGCAAGGACGUCUCCUUCAAGGCGUUCAACAACCUGCCGGGCGUCACGAUCAGCAACUUCCAGCUCCCGUCGGACGACCCAGCGGGUGGGAUCCACAUCGAGACGGACUCGCUCAUCCCGUCGUCUGCUCAGAUUGGCAUCGACCUCGGCACUGUCACCUUCGAGGCGGGCUUCAAGGGCACCACUGUCGGACCGUUGUCUGGGAGCAACCUCUUCCUGGCUGCUGGCGCGACCGUCAAUCUCCACCUCUCGGGCCGGAUCACCCCCAAGAGCGGCAACGACCUGGACGCCAUGGGCGAUCUCUUCACCAACUUCCUCCACGCCGAGAACCAGACGCUCCAGGUCCAGGGAGAGUCGGUUCAGCCCAGCGGUUCUAGCGGUCCUGUCUCGUGGCUGAGCACUGCGUUCAAGACCUUGACGCUUGACGUCACGCUGCCGGGACAGAAGUUCGAUAUUAUUCAAUCCAUCGAGAUGUCGGAUCUGGAGCUGGUCAUGACCGAGCAGAGCGAAGCCUUCGCACCCAAGGCCAGCUCGCAGAACGUCCUGGCAGAGUACAAGAACCCCUUCGGCUUCUCUCUGCAAGUUGUGAAGAGUGCUGAGGACAUCACGCUCGCCAGCCAGGGCGUCGACAUCGCCAAGCUCGAGCUGCCCCAACAAGAUACCGAUGGAGGCGUGUCGACCGGCAACUCCGCGCCCCUCAACUUGCCGUUCCAGGACCAGACCCUGCAGUCGCUCAACGACGCGGCGUUCGUUCAGUUCUUCGCCGCGGUCACUGACACGGCGGACGUCAGCUUCCAGCUCAACGGAUCCGCCGACGUCGUCGCGCGGACACCCAUCGGCGACAUUCCCAUCUCAGGGAUCCCAUUCGGCGUCACGACCGCCUUGAAGGGUAUCAACGCCUUCAACAAGGCUGCGCAGCUCAGCAACAUCUCGAUCGCAGGCGGCGGCACGGACAGCCACGGCGCAUUCAUCCUGUCGCCCAUCACGACCGUGCUCGAGAACCCGUCGAACAUCUCGCUCAGCACCGUCGACGUCGAGCUCCCCGUGUUCUUCAAGGGCGUGCAGCUCGGACGCGCGGUAAUCGACCCCCUGGACCUGGUUCCUGGGGAGAACACGCUCCACGCCGAGUUCCACUACGCUCCCAACGACGCGAACGACACGACGGCGCAGGGCUUCGUAACAGAGCUCCUGCAGACCGGGGACACUAUCCCGCUGACGAUCAAAGGAGACAGCGAGUCUUCACCGUUCGCCUCGCUGGCGUCUGCACUCGAGGGCGUUGAGAUCGAUACCAGCAUCACUGGUUUGAGUGCCCCACCAAUCGUCACACACAUCAACGCGUUUAUCACGCUGGAUACCCUUGUGACCAACCUCAUCACCAUCGACUUUGACAUCGCGAACCCGCUCGACACCGACAUGGAGAUCACAGCCCUACAGGUCGACUCCGGUCUCGACGGCGUCACCUACGCGCAAUUCAGCGCCAGCUUCGACUCGUUCGUCAUCCCCGCGCACAGCACCGCAAACUCGGGCACCGUUCAGAACGUGCUGCUCACGAAGGGCGCGAUCGCGUCGCUGGGCAUCAUCCCCGUCGGCAAGCUCGACGUCUUCUCCGCGGCGACGGCCAAGAUCGGGCCGUACACGCUGCCGUGGCUGCAACUGACGGUGCCGGGCGUCCCGACGGAUUACCACCUCGACCUGUUCGCGAUCUCGAAGGCGGCAAAGUCGGUGAGCGCGGUGAGCGGGCCCGAGACCACGGCCGCGAGCACAGCGUCGGCGAAAACGAGCGCGGCUGAGAGCAAUACGGUCGCAGCGUCAUCGACGACGAACAACGCUGAUUCGACCCCUGCCGCAUCGUCGACAGAUGCUGCCGAAAACACUACGUCUGCCAGCGCUGAUUCCGCGCAGUCGACGUCGAGCGCGUAG